GCCACACCGAACCAAAGCGGAAGUGACGCGAAGAAGAAAAACAUGGCGGCGCUGAAGCGCCGUGUAACGCAAGGGCAGUCGUUAUAGAAAUUCCCACCCCUCCUCCUCAGGCAGGAGGUGUGAAAGGCAAUAUCAUGGUUCGGGUGAGGGUAGAAACUACAGUGAUUUUCCUGAACGUUCCACCACCGCCUUUAAAUGGGAAGAGCUGGGGGUGAAGUGCUGUGUUCCUCUCCAGCAGCUGAUACCAUCCAUCCUAAAAAUAGAGCCAACCAUUCAGACAGCGACAGACGUACACCGAGCUCUCUCUCUCUCUCUCCGGUCAGCUCUGUCUUCUCGAAAAGCAAAGAAAACAACGUAAUCGAUUAACCAUUUAAAACAUUUACAGAGGAAACUUCAAGAACACCUCUUGGAGAAGUCAAAAUGCCAAAGAUUGUGAGGCCAGAGAACUGUCAACCAGCCAGAACACUGUGGUAUGACCGGAAAAAGUAUGUGACUGUCAACUUUGUGGUUCAGAACCCAAAAGAUGUUCAAGUAGAUAUCCAGGACACAAAAAUGAUUUUAAGCUGUAAAGACAUAGAUGACAACAAUAUCUACAAUGAGAUUGAAUUUUAUGACCGAGUGUUUAAAUCUGAUUCAAGGGAGAAAGUCUUUGACCGAACAGUUAAUCUCUUGAUAAGGAAAGUGAAGGAAAAUGUGGCAUGGCCUCGUCUUCAGAAAGAUCUAGCAAAGCCCGCAUGGCUGUUAGUAGACUUUGAUAACUGGAGAGACUGGGAACACGAAGAGGAAGAGGGCAUGGCUGAAUAUGAACAGUAUGUGGAUAUGCUUAAUGACAUGAAGAACAAAGGAGAGCCUCCUGCUAUGGACGACCUGGACGAUCUUAGUGACUGAGUGAGCGCCGAUGCCCAAGAUGAGCCUAAAAUGUUAUAUGUUCAGUAACAGAUCAUUCACAUUGGCCUGAUAGAUUUACAAUAUACUGUCACCGACAGUGUGUGUACAUGUAUGACAUGGAUGUAAUGUUUUUUUAACCUUCAUUUUUUUACUUUUAUUUAGAUUUUAUUUAUUUCCUUGCAAAACAAAUCAUCCUUGAAUCACACAGAAACAAAAUCAGAUGUGUAUUUAGUUUUUGCCAUUUUCAAAAUGCUACAAAAAAAAAACUAAAGAAAUUGUUUGUUUUUCAUAUUCUGUGUAUGUGUUUUCUACAUUAAAGUGAUCAAAAUCUGUGAUGCAAUAUUU